AUGCACCAAGGCCUUGACCACGAGACCGAGGGCCGCAAGACCCUUUCAUGGAUAUGGCGGACGAGCGGGACAGUAGGUCACGACGAUGACGAGGACGACCAAGAAGCUGUACGCAUCGAGUGGUGCAAAGCACGCGCGCGCGCAAUGCGCUGGGACGAAGAAUGCGAUCUCCUUAACGAGGAGAUGCGACGAGUCGGCGCCUUCUUCAAGUGGCAGGCAGACUGGUGGACGGACCAGGUCCAAGAAGACUGGGAUGCUGCUGUAGGGCGUACGGCAGAGCAUGCCCAGGGUCGUCGAGCAUACGCACUCAGGCAGGCAGACUUACGACGUGCACUCUAUGACUACUGUACGCAUGCUUGGAGGAACGUUCCUGAGUUCAUCCGACUCUGUAGGAAUAGACCAGACAUAUCAGGCAUUAUUCACGCACAAACGUAG